ACUUCAUACGUCACAUCUGCUCGGAGUGAAUAAAAGGAGACUCUAAAAGAGAGAGAACGAGCACAGCCGGCUCGGAGGAAAAUCGUCUUCCAGAGAUGUUGAGCGUAUUCGUCCUUGUGAUCCUCUGCGUUGCACUGGUGUCAGCCUCAUGCCCCACAGACUGCCGGUGUCCGUCUGAAGUCCCUGUGUGUGCAGCAGGAGUGAGUCUGGUGCUCGACAGCUGUGGAUGCUGUCAGGUUUGUGCGCGGCAGCUCUUUGAAGACUGCAGCAAGAGACAGCCUUGUGACACAGCAAAGGGACUGGAUUGCAACUUUGGAGGCGGACAUGGUUCGGCUACAGGCAUCUGUCGAGCGAAAUCAGACGGGAGAACUUGCGAGUUUAACAGCAGGAUUCACCAGAACGGGGAAACAUUCCGUCCGAACUGCAAAUACCAGUGCACUUGCAUGGAUGGUUCUGUCGGGUGCAUCUCCCUGUGUCCUCAGAAGGUCUCACUGUCCAAACUGGGGUGUGCCAAGCCAAUGCAGGUCAAAGUGUGGGGUCAGUGCUGUGAACAACUCAUCUGCCCUGAUGAUGCAAAGACAGAGAGGUCCACAACCAGAAAACACAGCCAAGACAAAACAUCAGAAGAUGACCUGACAACCAAAAAUGACCUACUGCCUGUGUGGACAGGAGCAUUAAAGUCUUUACCUGCCUUGAGGAGUCAUCCAAUGGGCCGCAUUCUUGCAAGAGGAGUCCAAUGUGUACCAUACACCACGCCCUGGUCACCCUGCUCCAAAUCCUGCAACACCGGAGUCUCCACUAGGUCAACCAACAACAAUGUCCAGUGUAAACUGGUGACAGAAACUCGAGUGUGUGAGAUCCAACCCUGCAAACACAUUCCCUCCAAGAAAGCUAAGAAAUGCAACCACCAAGGAAAAGCCACCCAGCCAGUUAAACUGUCCUAUGCAGGCUGCCGUAGCCUGAAGAGGUUUCAGUUAACGGACUGCGGGUCCUGCUCACACGGGAAAUGCUGCCGGCCAAACAAGACUCAGGCUCCAUCAGUCCGUUUUCAAUGCAAAAAUGGAGAGACCUUCAGGAGGAAGGUGAUGUUGACGGAGUCUUGCAGUUGUGACGACAGCUGCUCCAGCACCAAUCAAAAGCCACUUGGCGUCAACAAACUUUUUAAUGAUAUCUACAAACCGAAAAUGUAAAGUGUGAUUUAACGGAUCAUUCCAGAGUUAAGACAACCCUAAGUCCGUCAUUGGAUGGUAAGGAGUGGAAACAUUUGGUAGGGAACAAAACAACAAUUUUGGCUUUUGAUGAGACUCAAAUAUCUUUCCACAUUUGAACUUUUUGAGUGUACAAAAACUGACUGUAUAGCACUGUAUAGCAAAAAACCCAUAACAUUUCGGUACAGUGUCUUACCUGACAUCUUUAUUCAGUCACUGUUAUCUUACAGUAAGUCUGCACGAAUUUACAACUGAAUUUCACAUAAACUAGUGUCAACAGAUACAAGACGGGAGUUCAUGGCCUUUUCUUUCAUAGAACUGGAUCAGUACUUAGAUAUUUAUGGUAAAGCAGGCAAGUGUUAGAAGUAGCGGCCACAUGUCUUCUGCAUCUAUUGACAAUUUUCAUGGCACCAGUAAUCGACUUGUACAGACAUAUAGCAGGGUGGCAGCAGGUGGAAAAAGAUCCCUGUACAGGGAUUAUUUGUACACUUACAAAGUUGAAGUGAUCUGGGUUUGUCUCCAGGGUCCAUAUCUACACUUAUAACAGUUAAGUGGAAUUAUAUUUUUUUUGUCUCAGAGAUUUAAAAUAGCAAUUUUAUCCUGACAUAGGUCUAUUGCGAACAUUAGAAGUGCGAACAUUAAAUACUAUUACCUGCAAACAUAAAUUCAGUUCUCACUCAAAACUGCUUUGAUUCAUGUCAUUUUUGUCCCUAAUUAAAGUUUGAACUCCCUACCAUUUAAUAAUACAUAUAGGGUUGUUUUAUUUCUGGAAUGUUCCUUUAAAUAAAGUGGAGAUUUAUUAAUGGGCUAACAUGAGUUUGGUGAACUUAUGAAUAUGCUUUUGCUUCAUAAUACUGGAGUCUUCUGAUUUGCUUCUUUGUGGAGCUUUUGUUAUGAAACUUUUUUUUGUGUAAGUCUUAUUUGAUAUAUUUAAGCCUUUCUUUGCAAGAUUUGUCACACCGAACCAUGGUAAUGAAAUACUGAGGACUGCUUUAUUUAUAAGGAUUUUUUGUUACAUAGAGAUACAGAAUAGUCUUGUUGAUGUUAUCGCUUGCUCUGCUUUCUAUGCAAUUUUCUGAAAUAAAAGUGAUGAAGUGU